AUGUCGGUAGCCCUGUUCUACGUCUUCGACCGCAAGAAGAACGCCCAGUUCCGCGAGGCGUGCCGGCGGGACCCCUACCUCACGCGCAAGGAGUUUGCUCGCCGCCGCAAGCUCAGCAGCAUCGAGCGCCUCGAGGAGGAGGAGAUGCAGCGCAGCAUCAUGAUCCGAAAGUCGCUCGCCAGCCGCGAGCCCUCGAGGCAGAACAGUUGCGAGGACUUUGACGUCGUCUCGAGGCUGCAGCAGCAGCACCACCACCACCAAGAACACGAAGAAAAACACCGGCUCGGGCGCCAGCUGUCCGAGGAGUGGAUGGUGCGGACCAGGUCCGGGUCGGAGACGUCCUCGUCGGCUUCGUCCGCGCGGGAUCACCACCCCUACGUCGAGCCCCAUCCCGGCGUCGAGGUCGAGGUCCCGCUGGCCCCGCACCCGAGAACGCCGUCGCCGAGCCGGACGCCGCUCGUGAGGAAACCCGUACCGCCGCCUCCGGACGUGGCUGCCAUGGCCAAGGUUUCGCGACCGCGACCAUCAUACCUGUCGUGA